UACUAACAUCUCAUCACUUCGCAUCUUACAGUUGUACUUACAUUUAAACUUACAUUUAAACAAUUGAAGCGCAUUCUGUCAAAUUGAUCUUGCAACUGCUGCACUUGUUUGGAAAUUUUGUCAGUUACAAAAAUUUCCAUCAUGGAUACAAUCAUGCACCCUGUUUUGCUGAUCGCCGUCUUGCUGUUCGCGGGACUUUCCGAUGCGUUCCCAACGCCACACAAAAUUGUUGGAGGCAGCGCUGUUAAUAAGGGUGACCAUCCAUACCAGAUUCAUUUGCAAAUGACCCUCAGCGUUUUCGGCAUCUUUGAGAUGACACGGUUUGGUUGUGGAGGAUCUAUCAUUAGUGACCGAUGGAUUCUGACAGCGGCCCACUGUAUCAAAGAUUACGAUGGGCGAACAACAUUGAAACCGUCGAAGAUGUUGGUCCGCGUCGGUCAGCACGACUCAUCUCUCCUGGAAUCACACGCACGAAACUACAAGGUCCUGCAGGUCAUCGAACACCCCAAGUUCAACCCGGACACCAUGGCCAACGAUGUGGCGCUGCUGGAAGUGGAAACCAUUGCCUUUACUGAAUAUGUCCAACCCAUUGGGAUGACCCAGGCGUCACCGGUUGGCGGAGACGCUUUGACCGUUAGCGGAUGGGGUCACACCACUUCCGGUGGUCAAGCCAGCGAAGUGCUACUGUCGGUGGAAGUUCAGGCUGUCGAUACGAAGACGUGCAAUGCACCGGCGUCAUACGGUGGGCAGGUUGUUAGCGGCAUGUUUUGUGCCGCUGGAAAUGGGAAAGACAGCUGCCAGGGAGAUAGCGGUGGUCCGAUCGUCUCCAUCGUGGAUGGUGUGCACAUUCUAAUGGGCGUGGUGUCGUGGGGGUUUGGCUGUGCUGGACCGGAUCAUCCCGGUGUGUACGUCGAUGUUGCCUACUUCAAUCAGUGGAUUUAUCUAAAUUCCGGCGUGGGCCCGGUAAAAGUGUAAACAAGCCGUAACGGUCUCUUUAAACUGUACAAAUUUGCCGUAAUGUAGCUAUUUCUGAAAGUGCUUUAUUAAUGGUUGCUCCUGGAUUUUUCGUCAUGUUGGAUCUCACUCGUCAGUAUCUUCUCUCUGUGCUCAGAAGUUGAAUGACAGAAUCAGAUGUUAAUAAAGCGAGAAUAACAAUAACAAGAUAAAAC